GUAAUUUCGUUAACUAAAAAAGUCACCCUCGUACUCGGUAACUUCCAAAUUAAGGUCCGUCAAACUGAUCCGUGUAUGUGCCGGUUAAACGGGUAUAUUUGGUGCCUUCUAGGACUAGGACAAGGACCAUGGUUCUAUGUACACUGCUCGCCCAAGCUGAAGCAUCCGCCAGAUUUUUAUAUUCCCCCACUUUCUCACGCUAAAGAUCAUCUUUUUCACAUAUCUUCGCCGCCUUAUACAAACUAAAUCUAUUCCAGGAUGGAAACACAAACCACAUCGCCAAAAAGAGCUCCUGGACUCAGUGCAGAAGUGGUUGGGAAGGCUUUUGUGGAACAGUACUACGGUAUUCUUCAUCACUCUCCAGGACAGGUCUACAAAUUUUAUCAAGAAACAAGUGUGUUAAGUCGCCCAGAUCCUAAUGGCUCUAUGACAUCUGUGGCAACCAUGGAUAGUAUUAAUGAAAAGAUAUGCUCCUUUGAUUACAAAAGUUACAAGGCAGUGAUUAAGACCGUUGAUGCUCAGGAUUCCUACAAUGGUGGAGUGAUUGUUUUGGUUAUUGGGAGUUUAACUGGAGAGGACAAUUUGGAAAGGAAAUUCACCCAGACAUUUUUUCUUGCUCCACAAAAAGUUGGCUAUUUCGUUCUGAAUGAUAUUCUCAGGUAUGUUGAGACAGAUGUUUCUAGUACAACAGAAGGAAAGGACGUUGAGGAAGAUGAUAACCCAGAAGCUAAUGCAAAAAUGGUUGGAGUUGAUGAUGCACAGACAGUUGUUCCAAGCCCUGAUCUAGAAGCGGUUGAUGAGCCUGAAUGUCCAAAUGUUUACCCAGCUACCUCUCACAUAGAAGAGGUUGAAAAUGUUGACAUAGAAGUGCAUAGCAUGUUGGAAGAUGAGAAACAAGUUGAUAUUGAUAGAGAAAUACAAACAGAUGAUGAAUCUCAUAUAAAUGAGAACCAAAUCUCUGCAAGUCCGGAGUCAACUACUUCUGCUGCCCUAGACGACGCGAAAAAAAUGUCAUAUGCAUCUGUUCUUAGUUCACAGAUGAAGAAAGGGGCAACAAAAGUAUAUGUGCCCAUCCGCGAUCCAAGGGUGAAGACUGAAAAACAGUCAUCUAGCUUGGUAGUGAGUGCUCCCGCACCUGAACAACCACCGGCUCCUACAGCCGCCAGUGGAGUUAUUGAUGAAAGUGUGGAUGCACAAGAUGGGCAUUCUAUUCAUGUUCGAAAUUUGCCUUUCGAUAUAACAGUAGAUGAACUGGAGGGUGAAUUUAAGAAAUAUGGACCUAUUAAGCAUGAAGGUGUUCAAGUCAGAAGUAAUAGGCAACAGGGAUUCUGCUUUGGCUUUGUUGAAUUUGAAGAUAUGAGCUCUAUGAACAAUGCUAUAGAGGCUUCACCUAUUAUGAUUGGGGAUCGAAAAGUAGUAAUUGAGGUAAAAAGGACUACAGCCCGAGGUGAGUUCAGAGUAUCUAUGUCUGCCUAAAAUGCUCACAAUUACCCUUCACAAACAACAAUUUUAACUGUCCCCCAUUUCUUUUCCCUCCAGGUGAGGGGAGAGGUCGGUUUUCUUCGGGUCGAGGGUACCGAAAUGAAAGGUUCAGGGACCAUGGCGAUUUCACAGGAGGUCGUGGCUAUGGGAGAAAUGAUUAUGGAGGUCGUGAAUUUUCAGGCCGCACAAGGGGGGGCCAAGGUGGUGGAAAUGAAGGAAGAGGAGGGAGGUGGGGAAGGAGAGGUGGUUUGUUGAGCCAGAAUGCUGCAGCUGCUUCAUCAGCAUACUAAAGCUAAACGCUUUUUGUCCAAUUUUGAAAUUUCUAUUGCCACUUGCCAUGACAGUGCAGAGGACCAGCAUUAUGAUGAUGAUGAAAAGUUAGUAAUUCUGACUCGUUCAUGUUCUGCCCUGAGGAGAGUAGCACUUUUGUUUUCAUCAAUGUUUAGACUGCUGUAUUUGAGUACUUUUUCAACCCUAAGGUUUUGUAUGGGCUUGUUGUCUUUACCUUAGGUGCUUGCGUUGCUCCCACGAUUAAACUAAUUCAUGGGGCCUAUACUCCGAUAGUACCUCAGCCAGUUUUAUUUAUUUAUUUUGUAUGUUUAUCUGAAAAUCAAGAUGAAUAAUCCAUUGCCUUUGUGUUUAAAUAUAUUUGAUUCAUUUAUGCUUAUGUUAGACUAGAAGUUUA